AUGAAGCUCUCCAAUCCGGGGACAGUCCCGGUCUACACAAUCUCUGGAGCUUCCACUGCCCGACCACUCCCAGAUUGGCUCGCCCGUCGACGGAAGCGAAGUUUGAAAAAUGAUCCCGAAUAUCAAAACCGUGUUGAACUCCUUCAAGAUUUCGAAUUCGAGGAGGCUAGCAACUGCAUUCGGGUGAGCGAAGAUGGAGACUGGGUAAUGAGCACCGGAACCUACAAACCGCAAAUGCAUGUACACAACCUCCCGCAGCUGUCUCUGUCGUUCACCCGCCACACAAAUUCUCUGAACCACUCAUUCGUUCUCCUUUCUUCCGACUACUCAAAGUCAAUACAUCUCCAAAAUGAUCGAAGACUCGAGUUUCAUACACCAAUGGGAUGCCACUACGAAGUCCGACUGCCAAGAUACGGCCGUGACGUGCUCUACGAUCGCCAUGCUACAGAGGCAUUGGUGCCUGCGGUCGGCCUAGACUCAGAAGGUAAAGGAGAAGUGUUUCGCAUGAAUCUAGAGCAAGGACGUUUCAUGAAAUCGUACCAAAUCGAAGUGGGUGGCGACGACGAGUUGACCGGCGGUGGGUUGCAGGGCGGCAUUGGCGUUGGAAGCGUCAACGUCGCCGCAAACGCGGAGAAUACACACAACUUGAUGGCAUUCGGUACUUCAAUAGGCACUGUCGAAUUUUGGGACCCGCGUUCCAAGUCCAGAGCUGCAUUACUAGCCGGGCACGACGGCGAGGUUACUGCACUAGACUUCAAUUCGUCAGGAUUGUCACUUGCUACUGGAUCCUCUACUGGCAUGGUCCAGCUUUUUGACCUGCGUCGCCCUGUCGCUCUGCUCAAGAAAGACCACGGAUAUGGCUUCCCUGUUAAGAAGCUUUUCCAUAUGACCAACUCUUCACAAGAAAGGAAGAUCAUGUCGGCUGAUAAGCGAAUUAUUAAACUCUGGGACGAAGCAACGGGUGAUCCAUGGACAUCGGUCGAACCCGUGGUUGAUAUAAAUGAUGUGGCAUGGUGCAAGAAUACUGGUAUGCUCCUCACUGCCAAUGAGGGCAAGCAACAACACGCGUUUUUCAUUCCCCAGCUCGGCCCGGCGCCAAAGUGGUGCUCGUUCCUGGACAGUAUGGUGGAAGAAAUGGCAGAAGAAGUACACACGGAAACCUACGACAACUACAAGUUCUUGACUCUCCCAGAGUUGAAGCAACUGAGUCUGGCCCAUUUGAUUGGCAAGACAAACCUCUUGCGGCCAUAUAUGCACGGAUAUUUUGUCGCUUCCAAGCUUUAUGAGCAAGCUAAGCUGAUUGUCAACCCAUAUGCAUGGGAGGAGGAGAGAAUGAAGCGCGUCAAGGAUAAGGUUGAGAAGGAACGCGCCAGUAGAAUCCGCGGCAGCAAGAAGGUCAAGGUCAAUCAGAAACUGGUUGACAAGAUUCUGAAGAAACAGGAGAACAGGGACAAGAUUGAUACCAACGCUGGCGUGUUGGGAGACGACCGUUUCGCCCAGCUUUUCGAAGAUGAAGAAUUCAUGGUGGACGAAACCAGCAAGGAAUUCCAGCUACUCAACCCCAGCACGGUGGUUGACCAGCCAGUUGAUCCUAAGGCUCCAACCCGUUAUCAGGCCAAGGACUCUGAUGAUGAAUCCAGCGACGAUGAUGAAGCAAUUCGCUCUACAAACAGGUCUAAGGAUGAUAUCACGAUGAGAAUUUCGUCAACACAAAAUGAAGGCCGACCCGUACGGGAUACAGCUCUGGGCUCACGAGCACACAAAUCAGGACGUACAACGAAGACACAACGCGGUGAUGUUGGCGGCGAACGCCAGGUAACAUUUGUUCCUGAAUCCAAGAAGAAGAAGCAGCAAGAAGAAGCCGAGUCAACUCCUCGACAACAAUCAAGAGGGGGGCGGCGGAGUGCCAGCUCCAACACCUUCAGGAGAAUGUAA